AUGACUUUCUCCGUCUACGUUUUGCUCUGCUUGGCCGCCACCCUGACCCUCAUUCAGGCGCAACUAUUGCCGUCAUCGAUCUUGUGUGCGCCUAGCGGAGGCCCUCUGAUCACCAGGGACGACUGCAAGAAGAGCUUGCAAAAGUUCAUUUCCGAGAGCAACGUCAUCUUCUGGAGCCCCGACGUCAACUUUCGCUCGUGUGGAACCUGCAAGCUGGCCAUCACCAAACCCAGUAUGCGCCUUGACAUGAUCCAUCACGCCGCAGUUCGGCAAGACGUAUUGACUGCAAUGCACCAAGGCAUUGACAAAUGUGGAGGCAAACCGACCAACGCGACGAUCGGUAACUACCAGCCCGUUUCCGUCUUAUUGUCAGAGGGCAACGGGGAAAAGUGCCCCAACUGGUAG